AUGAUAAUGGGCAAGGAUUACAAGAUAGAGUGUAAAUCGAUAGCUGUAUUUGAAUAUCUUUCGAAAAGAAUAUGUGCGAAUGAAGAGUUUCUUUACAUUAAGCAUGAGAAGUACCAUACAGGGAAUGGUCUUGCAGCGAUUCUUAGUAGACCGAAGUCAGUGAAAUUUAGUACUUUGAAGGAGCGGUUAAUAAAUGAGUCAGAGUUUGAGUUACCACUCCACAAGCUUGUAUUGCUGCUACACGGUGAUCGUUCUCAUAAGAAUUCCUUUUAUCAGCCGUUGCUUGCAGACAAGCUAUCUACUAUGGGCUACUAUGUGUUGAGAAUUGAUUUCAGGGGACUUGGAGACUCUGAGGAUAAUGCCGAUGAGAAAAAGGGUCGUACAAUCCAGCAAGAUGUGGAGGAUAUUCUCUCUGUUUACGAGUUCUUAGAAAGUAGUGCUUGCGAACGGUUAAUCGGACACCAGCUAACAUUGGAUACUAUUGUAGCUCAUUCCAGAGGAGUAGUUUCCAUGUUCGAGUUUGCUAAGACUCAGUUUGUUCCUAAUUUGAUAAACUGUUGUGGGAGAUUUGAGUCGUCGGGUUUGCUUCUGAAAGACGAGUUCCAGCAGCCGAAUUGGAAAGCAGACGGAGGGAUUACGUGUAAAGCGCCACGUUAUGGGAAAAUCAAGGAAAUCUGGAUUCCUGCUGCGGAGACCAUUAGUGCCGCUACAGUAGACACGUUGUCAUUUGCUAGUAUAGAUGAGUGGUCGUUUGUAAUGUCAGUUUAUGGAACUGCUGACAGUAUUAUCCCAAUAACGGCAGCUUCUGAAUAUGCUAAUUUGUUCAGGGGAAGACACAAAUUGGAACUUCUUCCAGGUGUAACCCAUAACUUUUUUGGUCUCGCAGACGACAAAAAUGAACUCCAAUUGCCCUUGAAAGAUGGUAAGGUCUGCUAUUAUCCGGUGCUUGUCGACAAAAUUGGUUCUCAUUUAAGCAAAGAUAACCAGCUACAGAGGUUUUUCAAGGCUUCGGAAUUGAUAAAGUCCAAAGUUCCUCCCGUUUGCUUGCCACGUUGGCCGCUGCCCUAUGAAUACUCUAAUAUCUCAAACUUUCGUGAUAUUGGUGGAUACAAGACGGCCUCCGGGCAUCAAGUCAAAAGCGCCAUAAUGUAUAGAUGUGCAAAUCCUUGCGAUGCACCUCCAGAGGUUAUAGAAUACAUGAAGUCAGAUCUUAAAAUAUCUCGGAUAUUCGAUUUGCGUUCCACCAAGGAAGCCAUUAACAACGGUAUCAUAUCUGGACUUCCUGUUGAGAACCUCUCUUUCAUUAAGGAUCAUAACAUGUCUGCGGAAGACCUAGCUGUACACUACCAGGGACUCUUUAUCUCCUCGUACAACUUCCCUCAGGUCUACUCUUCAAUACUCGAAAGUAGUCACCAGAACAUUAGGCGUUUUUUCCAGACCAUCGUGAACGGCGAGGUUAAUAAGGACCACACCAUAGUAUUCCAUUGUACAGCAGGCAAAGAUCGCACCGGUAUCCUAUCAAUGCUAAUACUUGGCGUCCUUGGAGUCCCCGCUGAUAUCAUUGCUCGUGACUACGAGUUUACAACUAUCGGACUCCGCACUGAAAAGAAGUUACUAGCACUAACCAAACAACGUGCAGAUGGCCUUCGCCACUUGGUUGAUCCCACAGGAAGCUCGCUUAUAGAGGAGUAUAACUUAACACCAGAGAAGAUGAAAGAAAACGUUUUAUCAUCAACAUAUGAAGCUAUGCGUAUCUUUAUAGAUCGCUUUUUAGAUACCUAUGGUUCUUUCGACGAUUAUUUUAUUAAUACACUUAAGUUCACGUCAGAAGAUGUUUCCAAGAUAAGAAAUUUGCUACUAGAGUGA